CCGCUCCACUUCUGCUGCGCGCUCCCGGGCGCAAUUUAAACGCAGCUCCUCUGACCAAAACCAGACACACACACAAACACGCACACAAAGCACCAGGGAAGCAUUGCUGCUGGGACGGGACGCGACUGAUCCGGAGCAAAAAGCUGCUGCUGUUUAUUCCGAGGAAUGGGGAGACGCUGCUCGUGUCCACUGACGUUGACAAGCCCAGCUCAAAGCAAACGCAACAACGUCGCACCGUCUGCCGGUGAGGUCACUGUGGCACAAAGCAAAGCGACCUGCGCGGACACGCAACGGAGAUUCCGUCACAUCACCGCGGCUUUGUUCGCGCGCUAAUUGACUGCUUGGCUUCGGAUGAUAUUUUUCUAGUAGAACCUUAUCGAUUAUUGCAAGUCAAAAAGGCUCUCGUUGAUGGAUCGUGGAUAAGUGGUUAUUGAUGAACCCAGCGGGACUACAGCAGCGGAGCCCAGAGGAGACAACGAGAGCGCGUCCAUAACGACACAUCUGAUUAAAUAAAACAACACAUCUUUGACUUAGUCAUCAUUAUAGUUAAAGGACUGAGGCGAACCUAUGGCUUUGGUCCUAUCAAUGAACCCUUUUUGUGAGCCUGAGGCCGAAGCCCCGCCAUCAAUCUACCAUCCGAUCUGGGAAUCUGAACAUUGCAGUAAAAGCUGUAUCUCCACCCCCUCACCACCAGGGGGUGACACCCAUGGGCUCAUAGAAGAGCCACAUUACAGACGAGCUCCUGAUCAUGUGAUGGAUCGUGCGGCCGUGUCACGGAUCUCUUAUUUCAAGAGGAAGUUUGUGGAGGAUGAAGAACCUGUACUGAGUUUCAGGAGUUACUGCCACACUCAGGUGUCACCAGUCCUGGAGGAGCGUGCUCACAUUCUCAGUCUCUCUCUCGAGAAACUGCGUUUCAUGGAUGACCCAGAGUCCUUCUUACGGCGCUCCGUGCUCAUCAACAACCUUCUCCGUCGCCUCAGAAAUGAAAUCCUCCUCCAGAGCGACUGGUGCUUCCCAUCGGGUCCCACAGCAACACCUUGUCCCCUCCAAACCCCUGGCACAAAUACCCCACUUCCCCCUCCAGUCCUGCAGCCCUGCAUUACGCCACCUGGGCCGUACCGCAAACGCCUACGUCUGCUGAGGAGGAAAGGCCCAGAGUGUGUCCCAGCCUGCUGCUGCUUAUACGCAGCCGGCCGUUACCUUCAGCUCCCCCUGUCUGUGUACGAACGGGACGUAUACUCCAACUCUCACCCUUCUUCUUCAUCACCAUCUUCAGUUAGAUUUCCACAGCUGCUGGAGGAGGAGGAUGAGGAGGAGGACAGUGAUGAAGAAGAGGACUCUGUGUGUCCUAUGUUGGCUCUGUGUCAAGCUGAAACCAGAGAGCAGAACAGGAUGUGGGAUGGUCUACAGCCACAGAGCCACAGGGAAGACGAGACCAAGGAGAAAGAGAGAGAAAAGGGGAAAGAGAGGGUUAGAGGAGGGGAGUUUUCACAGCGAUGGAUUUCAGACACUAUAGGUACUGGACACCAUGGGCCUCUCACCAGGGCUCACGUGAGGGGAAAAUAACAACUGAACACUUGCAGUGGAAACAAGCUGUGGUUUCCAGCGGCCUUAUAGAUCAGUUAUACGAACCAGAAUAUCAAUGGUCAAUGUUUUUGAAUUUUUAGGUACUUUUUUGUACUUCUGGAUUCCGCAACACCACAGAUCAAAAGGGACAGCAAAUUCACAUAUUGCUUGUCUCUUGCGAAAACUACCAUACUGUGCCUUAAAUGUUCUUGUUUAAUCUGUUUGAUGUGUUUGUAGAUAUUUGUGAAUGAAGCAGUUUAAUCCACAAAGUAUGGAAGCUUGUUUCAAUAAACUCAAAAUUCUGAGAAGAAAAGAUU